AUGGACCGCAGCAGCAGCAACGAGAAGAUGGACCGCAGCUGCGGCGAGAUGCAGCAGCAGCAUGAGCAGCUGCAGCAGCAGCAGCCGCAGCAGCUGCUGCAGCGAGAACAGCAGCUGCUGCAGCUUAAGAAGCAGCAGCAGCAGGAGCAGCGGUUGAGGCUCCCGGGCCCCGCAGCAGCAGCAGCAGCAGCAGCAGCUUCGGAUCCCUCUGAGGCCUCUUUGCUGCUGCUGCCGGUCCCAGAGACUCCCCUAGCAGGAGCAGCAGCAGCAGCGAUGGAAUCGAAGGUUCUCUCUAACCAGCAGCAGCAGCUGCAGCAGCAGCAUCAGCUGCAGCAGCAGCAGCAACAGCAGCAGCCGCGUUUUCUGAGGCAGCCGAAGCAGCAGACUGCGGAUACACCGCAAUCCCCUCCGCAGCUAAGACUGCACCUGCAGCAGCAGCAGCAGCAGCAGCAGCAACAGCAGCAGCAGCAGCAGCAGCAGCAGCAGGUUGGGGGGCAGCGGGAGCAGCAGCUUCUCGAAUGUUUGCUGCAGAAGCACCUGGGAAAGGGCCUGAGCGACAGCCGGGUGGCCCGCGUGCUGCAGCAGCAGCAGCAGCAGCAGCAGCAGCAAAUGCUGCUGCCCCUCCCCUCGCUGAGGCAGCAGAUUCAGGUCAAUGCAGCAGCAGCAGCAGCAGCAGCAGCAGCAGCAGCAACGAGGAAGCAUCCUGCUGCUGCUGGUGUUGCUGCUGCAGAGGAGAUUAAGAACGAGGAGUUUCAGCUGCUGCUGCAUGUGCUGCAGCAGCAGCUGCUUCCAGAAGAAGCAGCAGCAGCAGCAACAGCAGUUGACUUCUCUCUAAUUGGCAGCAAAAACAGGCAAGUCCUAAGACCUAAACCCUAA